CCACCUGUCCUACGAUUGAGCAUCGCAACAAUGGCUUCUCGUUUGGCUAAGAGCGCCAUUGGUGCAUCCCGGCUUCGCCCGGUCCUUCCCACGCGCAACCUCGUUCCCAUCACGGCGAACCUGACCGCGACCCGUGCGGCGUCCAACGUCCCCGUCGAAGACCCCAAGAAGAAGGCCCAGUCGAUCAUUGACUCGCUCCCUGGCAACUCGCUGGUGUCCAAGACCGCCGUUCUCUCUGCCGCGGCCGGUCUGUCCAUCGCCGCCAUCAGCAACGAGCUCUACGUGAUGAACGAGGAGACCGUUGCGGCGUUCUGCCUGCUCAGCGUCUUCACUGCCGUUGCCAAGUAUGGUGGCCCCAUGUACAAGGAGUGGGCGGAUGGCCAGAUCAAGAAGCACACCGACAUCCUGAACGCCGCCCGUGCCGACCACACCAACGCCGUCAAGUCGCGCAUUGAGAGCGUCAAGGAGCUUUCCAGCGUCGUUGAGGUGACCAAGCAGCUCUUCGAGGUUUCCAAGGAAACCGCCAAGCUCGAGGCUCAGGCCUACGAGCUCGAGCAGCGCACCGCCCUUGCCGAGGAGGCCAAGACCGUUCUCGAGUCGUGGGUCCGCUACGAGGGCCAGGUCAAGCAGCGCCAGCAGCGUGAGCUUGCCGAGUCUAUCAUUGGCAAGAUCCAGAAGGAACUUGAGAACCCCAAGGUUCUCCAGCAGAUCCUCCAGCAGAGCGUUGCCGAUGUUGAGCGCAUCAUGUCCACCAAGGCUUAGGUACUUGCAUGGCGAGCUGCAUCACAUCAUGUACAAAACUUUGCCUCUUAUUAGAGUUCA